ACUGUACAGUUCCUCGCUUCUGCCCCGUAUAAAGCCCGCCCUCCGCACUCGACAGCCUUUCAACGCUUAAAACACAGCCUUCAAAAGCAUCUCGACGAUGACUCGCCCGCCUGCUUGCAGGACUGGAGUGGGUCGAGGACCUUGAGACCGUCAUAAUGGGCUGGAGAUCCAGAAGACCUCCGGGUUGCGAACGAUGGGACUUGGGUGCGGCGCGCCCCUGCUUUCGCGGAUGGGACUUGUCCCAGCAGUUGGCUCUUCGUAGCUGCUGUAUGGGUUGCGUCGCAAUGUCUCGUUGUACAUGUCAUCAUUUGUAAUUUGUGUUGCAUGUCAAUCUAUUCUCCAUUUCUGCAUUUCAGUCACCCGUGCUUGAUCCUCGUGAGGAUAUGAUGAAAGGACUGAUUGCUUUGUUGAAGCAAUGGUCGGGUCUGAUCGGUCUCAUCUGACGUUGCUCUCCAGUAUAUACAUGGCAUCCUCAAACGCUUCAAAGCCGGAGGAUCUGGAGGUGCGGUACUUAUUGUGCCACUAUUCUGUUGCGAAUGGAAGAUAUGGAAGAUCAAAGAUGCGAACAUGCUGGUGUGCAUGUUUUUCCCGAAGAGUAGCAAUGUGACUGACCAGUGUGACCGAGGCUGAGCCUGUCUCUUGCUCCUCAAAGCUUCAAGGCUUCAAUCUGGACCUCUUCUGUACUUCGUAGUCAAAGGUAUACCAUCGCAUUCUCGUUAUUCUAAUGGCUGCUCGUCGCCUGGCGAUCUCAUCCCUGCUAUGCGAGGACGACUCCGUUGGUGGACCGGUUGCUGGCCCUUCUAGUACUUCCAUUUCUUCUCGUCCCAGCCUUGAGUUUGUAGAGUCCGAUCUAUCCUAUUCCACCACCUCUCGACAGGAUGUAGACCAUAGGAAUUCUAUCCCUUCUUCCACGUAUCUCUCAGGUGCAAGUUCAGAUCGCAGUAGUUCAACCCAGUCUACGGCCCUUGUGAGACCUCCAGGACCGAUACCCCGUCAGAAUGAAGGAGGUGGAUCCUAUUCAUCCCUGCGUAAAGGUGGCACAGAGACGGACGUUGACGAUGAGCAUGGCAUGAUUGAUGCCUCGAGGACAGAUUCGGUCACCACUAAUUACGUUGUUGCAACUAACCGUCACUCCCGACGUCAGUGGUCGCCGUUUGAUGCUCAACCAUAUUCACCUGAGGAUUCCUACCACAACCAUACCCCAUUUCAGCGUUCGACAGAGUGCUCGUAUACAACUUUCAGAUCUUCGUCUUCUUCCGGACAGAGAGUUUCACCAGGAGGCUACGCCCGAUCACGAUCACCAGCACAGUUGGUGCAUCCACCAUCCCUAUCGCCAACACAACUAGUUACGCCGCCUGUCCCUUUGACUGCUCAAUACCGGCGUACGUCGGCAUCAGACGUUCAAUAUUCGCGACCACAUCGCCACGUCUCCUUUCAGACUUACUCCUGUUCAUCCUUCUUUUUCCGCCGAUACUUCUUCAUCUUCUACGUCGCCUAUCUCUAUACAGCGGCCUUUGUCCCCGCGUCGUUCUCCGACACUCUCUCGCUCCUAUCCUCCUGUGAAGACACAUUCGCCGUCAAUGUCACUACCUCGUCCAUCAGUAUCUCCGACAAUAUCCAAAUCACCAUUGGAGGGAUUUGGACCGUUGGAAGCACUGGUGCAGGCAGCGACGGAGGAGCGAAGAAGGUUGAGUGGAGACUUGCCCACUGUGGGUUGGCAGGGUACGGGAUCAGAGACAAGUCCUCGGUUAAGAGCUGCUCCCGCAAGUCCCGCCCUUGUAGCUGCACCAUCACGUUCAUCCUAUUCGCGUUCGCCUGAGCCAUUGUCAUCACCACCAGACCACCCUCUUGAAUCAGCCUAUGGUCAACUCUCAACGUCACCGACCGUGAGCUCUACACGACUAUUGCCGAAUGAUAAUCUUCCUGAGAUCAAUGCUCGAACCCUACGCGAUGGUGAACCACCGCCCAAGCGUCGCAAGAGUUCCAAUGAAUCUCAGCCGCGACC